UUCUGCACGUGAUUGGUCGGUGUUCCGGUCGAUCCCUGAGUGGCGGCAUGCGAUUGGUUAUCCGCCGGACAGGUCAGAGUGCCUGUUUUGAAUAAUCGUUCCCCUGGUAGUAAGAAGGCGGUUGCAGAUGCCACGUUGCUGCCGGCUGCGGUGUCGGGCCCGGCCGGGAGAGGGAGGAACUCGGCAAAAUCCGGAAGCGCUCGGCAAAGUCCGGCCGCGGCUUUAAAGGAGCUGUGCGAUCCCCGGCUCGCCCUGCGCCGCGGUUCGGUUGGCUGUGAGCGCGAGGAGCCUGCGGGUGCCGGCGCCGCUGCCUAGUCCGCCCGUCCGUCCGUGCAGCCGCGGCGGGGGCCGCGAUGUUGGCCGACAGCCUGGUGGAGGAGUUCGAGAUCCGCGAUGAUGAGCCCUGGUACGAUCAGCAGGACCUGCAGCAAGAUCUGCAUCUUGCUGCUGAGCUUGGGAAGACAUUAUUGGAUCGUAACACAGAACUGGAGGAAUCUUUGCAGCAAAUGUAUGCAACCAAUCAAGAGCAACUACAAGAGAUAGAGUACCUUACAAAGCAAGUGGAGCUCUUACGUCAGAUGAAUGACCAGCAUGCAAAGGUUUAUGAACAGCUGGAUGUUACAGCAAGAGAACUGGAAGAUACUAAUCAAAAACUAGUUGUGGAUAGUAGAGUGUCACAACAAAAGAUAUUAAGCCUGACAGAGACUAUUGAAAGUCUGCAAACCCAUAUAGAUGACCUUCAGAGACAAGUGGAGGAACUGAAGAAAUCUGGACGAGGCCAUCUGAACCAUGAGAGAUCUGAGCAGCCACGAUCAGUGCACAGCUUCUCAUGUUUGAAGGAGCUGUAUGACCUUCGCAAGUAUUUUGUUUACGAUCAUAUUUUUGCAGAAAAAAUUACUUCAAUGGAUAGUCAGCUGAGUCCCAUAGAAGAAGAAAAUGAGAACUUAAAAAAGGCUUUGACUGUAUUACAAGCCCAACUUAAUCUUGAAAAGGAGAAAAGAGUGACGAUGGAAGAGGAAUAUCAACUUGUGGUAAAGGAGAACUGUGACCUUGAACAGAGGCUGGUUGAUAAAGACUUAUACCGGGCUCGGGCAGAAGAGCUUGAAUUAGAAGUGGCUGAAAUGCGGCAGAUGUUUCAGUCUGAAAACACAUUUGUCAACAGCAUGGAGAAUCUAGUUCCAGAAUCAUUUUUUAUUUCAUUUAAAGAGUCUUUAGAAAGGGAAAUUAGUCAAAGCCCUUCAGAGGAUGCAUCCUUGACUGUCCCCCAGCUUGAUAAAAGGGCCCUAAAAAGAAGCAGCAGUGAGACCUUCCUAAGCAGUGCUGCAGGAGGAGACCUUCUAAAGGGCCAUGAAGAAACCUGUAUUAGAAGAGCUGAAGCUGUGAAGCAGCGAGGCAUCUCCUUGCUUAAUGAAGUGGACGCUCAGUAUAAUGCUCUGAAGGUUAAGUACGAGGAACUUCUGAAGAAGUGUCAAAUGGAUGAAGAUUCUUUGAAACAUAAGGCUGUACAAACCUCAAAACCGUAUUCCAAAGACACUAGUGUGGGGAACAUCCAGUCUGACCGUUCAGCUACUGAUCAAGAGUAUGGAAAUGUUGAACUAACGGGCUCACCCACAAAUGCUAUACCUGAAUAUAAAGCUCUCUUUAAGGAAAUUUUUAGUUGUAUCAGAAAAACAAAGCAAGAAAUAGAUGAACAUAGAACAAAAUAUAAGCGUUUCUCUUCUCAGCCCUAACACUUGUUUGUAUUAACUAUGCUGAUGACCUGUUUUCCCACUGAAAAGUUCUGUAUUAGUCCAGAAGGGAAACAUUAAGGGUCCCUCUGGUGUUUGUAUGUAUCUUGCUGUCACAUGUGUACUCCCUUCAACUUGAAUGUAUGUUCACUUUACUUGUAAAUAUGUAUGAUAUGGUCAACCCAUUAGUCAGUUGUAUUCUCUGUGCACGCAAUGACCCCUACCACACAGUAAAAGUUAAUUGUUCAGUGGUAGUUGUUGGCAGUCUUAAAAGUAGAAAUUUGGCUUCAUUUUUGCAUACUACGUUUGUCCUCUCCACAGCAGCAAUUGACAAUCUAGCUCACUACGCCCAGUAUGCUACAGAAGCUGUAGACCUAAGGAGCAAUGAUUGUAUUAUACUUUUUCCACUGUGGGAAAUUUGGAGUAAAUUUUUUCCUUACUUCACAAACCAAAAAGGUUUUGUUCAGUCUUAGCCUUGUGGCUAUUUUUGUGUACUAAAAUCCACCUGUGGGGAAACCUCUGCUUCAGACUGAAAUUAGUAGUCAGUCUAAAUGUAUGUGCCCUGGCAGAGAUGAGUGGAAACUGGCACAGCAGCCUGUAUUAGGCUUAAUUUAUGCCAGUUUUUCAUACCAAGUUUUCAUAUGCACUAAACUCUUUCCCCUUAGCAUAAAUGUCUUUAUAUUAAAAAUGGAUUAGGUGUAAAGGUAUGAAUAUUUGAGAUAGUUCAAUGUUUAGGGCACUCUGUUUUAAGGCAAGAUACUGUGAACUAUGUAUAUUGUCACUGAUCUACUGUUCCUUAGUGGUACUCCUAAAAGUGCAUUUUUGUCAUGUGAUAAGAUGGAACGUUACAAUUUGUGGUAGCUUUGUCGUGGAGGAAUGGCUUUCUUUAGUCUAUAAAGCCUCCUACUCCAAGUGUUUUAAAGGAGACUGGACAAGUAAGUUUAUCAGAUGGUGGUGUUUAUCACUUUACACCAUUUUAGCUCAAGUAUGUGUAGACCUAUUUAGUAUCAGCAGUAAAAACAAAAACCACCCCAAAACACCUCUUUAAGAACCAGAUUACAACAUGUAAGAGAUGAGGCCAAGAUGUAAUUAAACACUCCUUGCUCCUUCCUCCUCUUUCCAUCCCUCCUUCCCAAUAAAAUAAAGAUUGCAGGACCAACUUCAGCUAAUGAAAAUGAAGAAUAUGGAUGACCACUGCAUCAAAUGGGAGGAGGAAAGGCAGGAGAAUGGUAAAGGCUGAGAAACCAAGAAGGAAUGGAAGCCAGAUAACCAGCACUAAAAGGUGAUCUGAUAAUUUUACAAGAGUAGUAAUGUGCUUAACUCUUUAAAGUGUCGAGUGUUCAAGUCAAUGUUUGCUAUGGAUAAACAUCUGGCUACUUGAGUUGCCUAGAUAAAUCAAACUGUUGGCACAUGAUGUUAAAAGAAACUUUACAGCUGUCGUUAAGUUGCUGCUGCUAUUAUAAAUUCUUGUCUGCUUCAUGUACAGUGUAAGUUAGUCUCCAGUUAUUUUAUACUUGUCCUUCAGUAAGACAGUAUUCAGUUUUACAGGUUAGACACUUACACUGUAAGCAGUUGUGUACUGAAAUAAACCCCUAUUUAAAAAAAGAAUUCUAAAUUAUGAAUACUUUUCCGAAAGGCAAAAAUCCCCACAGCUAAAGUUACUGGGCGUGUGCUGCUAACUUUGUCCAAAUGUGUGAAACUACAACUAAUGCAAAGAAGGAGUUCUUAAAGUAAGUGUGCAUGGCAUCUUCAUUUAUAUAUAGAUUCACCUCCUGCUCCCAGCAGGGAUUUCACAGACUUGCUGGCCUAUACCACCCUUGCUUAGAUGAAAAAACUAAUUAGGGAACUAAAUUAAAGACUUAAGUGGGGGGGGGGGGGGGUUGACUAAUCUCUCCUUUUCCUCUCCCCCAUUCCAGUUCCCUCUAGGUGAGAAAGUUGCUUCCCUGUACCUGUUCCUCUGGUACCAGCUCCCUUUAUAACUUGCAUGUUGCUUGGCUUCUCUGUACCCUUGGGGAUGGCUGUCUGUUUCUCUGCUCAUUAUGUAGCAAGGGCAUCUAGUGCAGGCAGCAAUGUUAGCACCUUGUUCUGCACUUUCAGUCUGGAGGACUCUAGAAGCAGAUGGGAACCUGCUGCCACAAGUGGUUCACCACUCAUUUGUGUUACUGUAGUGCCUGGGAAUAGGAACCCUACUCAGAGCAGGCCUCUACUGGGCUAGGUGUGUAUAAAUGGAACAAAGAAAAGCCCUAGCCCAAAGAGGUUUUAGACUAUGUCUACACUACUGUGGUAAGUCGACCUAUGCUACGCAACUCCAGCUAUAUGAAUAACGUUGCUGUCGAUUUGGUGGGUCUUCACUAGACCUGCUAAAUCGACGGCUGGUGGAGCAAUUUCAGAGCAUUGAUCCUGGCUGUAGUGUAGACAUAGCCUAAGACUGACAACAACUGGAUUGAGACAGUAUAAGGAAACAAUGGGGCACUAGUGGUCAGUAUAUGUUGUGGCAUCAGUAGCCAGCCAUUACGCUGUCUGUAGGCAUCACAGAAGGGAGGGUUUUGAAAGAGGAUAACAGUUUUGAAGACAUGUACAGGGAAGCUCCUCCCAACUGAGGGGCAACAUUGACAAAAGCACAAAGGAGCUUGUUUGAAAAUUUAACAACUGGGUGAUGGAAGCACAGGCUGAGCUAGGGAUGGGAGUAAUUUCAAUACUGAAUAAGAAGGGUUAGGCAGGUUGGGAAGGAGGAAAAAGGCCAUGAUCAGCAUUCCUGCCACUUCAGCCUCAUUUUGUACUGUACGUGCUUAGUAACUUCAGUAUCUGAUUUGUCAAUCAUGUCUAUCAAUCAACAGCUGGGUAACUACUAGGAGCAAUCAAAUGGAUCACGGUUUAAUGAGGAGCUUGGUAUACACCAGGCAUUUGCUGUCUGCAGUCCUCCCUUUUCUAAGCCAGUUAUCAGAUAUGGCUAUACCAACCUCCUUUCAUAUAUACAACAAAAUUAUCAGUGGUACAGAACUAUUGCACCACCAAAGCAUCUGCUGUCACUGGAUAAGUGGUUGGGUUUUUCUGUUUGUUUGGGGGUUUUUUGUUAAAAGGGGAAGUCACUCAACCUACCAGUUCCUCAAAAGUAUGCAUCUAACUUUCAAACACUUACCUGUUCUAUACAGCACCACAAAACAUACAGGGUGCUAACAGUACAGAUGAAGACAAGUUCACCAUGAAUCAAAUUCAAAGUUGAGACAACAGAGUGGGAAGGCAAAGAUGACUGUUUUUGGGUAACUGAUGCUUGAAAAUAUUUUGUUACAGCUUAAUUCUGAAGCGGGAAUGUGUUGGAAAAGGUACAACAUAUAUAAAUACUAAUCUAUUCAUGAAUGCUGCUACAUUUGACAAACUUUCUGGAUACAGUUACAGGAAUAGAUAGAAUUGUCAUUGCUUGUUUGAGCA